AUGAAAGUCAUCAAUAAGAAGAGGCUCUUCUCUGCCAAAUCUAUGCCCACCAUCCUGCUCUUCUUCCUACUUGUACGUAGUGCAGCUGGAGGGCCACCACCAGGAGCAAAGAGAGGCAGAUGGCAGACUCUCCUAAACAACACUGGCGUAGUAGCCAUGCAUACGGCCUUAACCCAUCGCAACACCGUCAUGAUAUUUGACCAGACCAGAGCUGGGCGGUCGGGAUACCCUCUUCGUCGAAGUCACUACGAUGGAAGUAGGUGUGUGCCCUCUUCCUGGAACCCAUCUGUAGACUCCUCCUGCUGGGCUCACUCAGUUGAGUAUGAUAUCGAGGGCAACACCAUCCGAGCUUUAAACCUUGAAACUGAUACCUGGUGCUCCUCGGGUACCUUCUUGAGCAAUGGAACCCUGCUCCAGACGGGUGGACAUGGCCAUGGCUACCGAAGAAUCAGAUACUUUGAUCCUUGCACCGACCACCGGUGUGAUUGGAGAUCGCCAGAAGCUCUCUUAUUGGCUGACAACCGAUGGUAUGCGUCCAACCAGAUACUCCCCGAGAAGGAUAGGGUCAUUAUCGUGGGUGGUAGAAGGGUCUUCACUUACGAAUUUUUGCCCAAAUUAUUAUCUUCUAGCAGUAGCAGCAGGGAAAGAUCAUUUUAUCUUUCCCUCCUACGCCAAACCAACAACCGAAAGGAAGAAGGCAACAAUCUCUAUCCAUUCCUUCACCUCUCAUCCGAUGGAAAUUUAUUCAUCUUUGCAAAUCGGGAUUCAAUUCUUCUUGAUUAUUGGCGAAAUAAGGUGGUGAAGACCUUCCCCAGGAUGCCGGGUGGUGGAUCAAGGAACUACCCAAGCUCUGGUUCUUCGGUUCUAAUCCCUCUAGACCACACUGAUGGGUUCCAGAAGGUGGAAGUCAUGGUAUGUGGAGGUGCCACCACAGGAGCUUACACGGCCGCAAAACGAAAGACCUACUUGAAGGGAUUGAGCUCUUGCGGCAGAAUUGUGAUCACAGAACAGAAACCCAGGUGGGAAAUGGAGGAAAUGCCAGGUCCUCGUCUUUUACAUGACAUUUUGAUUCUGCCAACCGGUAACAUACUGAUCAUCAAUGGCGCGACACACGGAUGUGCAGGGUGGAACAAUGCAGCAAAUCCAUCUCUGGAGCCUUACCUAUACAAGCCAAACAAAUCGUUGGGCAGAAGGUUUUCUGUACUGAAGUCCACAAAAGUAGCUCGGUUAUAUCACUCGUCGGCCAUUCUUCUGCCUGACGGAAGAGUUUUGGUAGCAGGAAGUAACCCUCAUGCUAGGUAUACCUUUAAGGACGUGAAAUUUCCCACUGAACUGAGAUUACAAGCAUUUAUCCCAUACUACAUGGACCAGUACUUCGAUGGCAGAAGGCCAAAUAAUCUGUCGAUACACUACUCUAAUGGCGGGUACGGUGCUCGAUACCGUGAAGAGUUUACCAUCAAGUUUCGGCUUGAUCUGCAGAGAGAACCGGACAAGGACAGCAUCAAAUUUAGUGCGUAUUCGCCCCCCUUUACGACUCAUGGUGUUUCUAUGAAUCAAAGGAUGUUGAGGCUCAAGUGCAAGAGUAUAGUUAGAGAGGACGGUGGGUGGAUGAGAGCUGUUGUUGAAGCUCCUCCCUCUCCAAACGUUGCGCCUUCUGGUUAUUAUUUGCUUACAGUCAUUAAUGGUGGAAUCCCAAGUAUAGCACAGUGGGUUAGAUUUAUGCAAGAGAACUAA